AUGUCUCAAGACUCAGCGAAGCAGAUUCCUCAAGUUGGCAGGGUGUUGGACAAGGCCAAGACCCUCGUGAACGAGAUAGAGGACGCCUACAAGGAGCUGGAGUCCAACCACAGGACCCCCUCUCUCACCGAGGCUUACAACGAGUUUGCCAGAGCGAUGAUAGAGUACAGAGACAGUGUCCUGUACGAUCUAGUGAGUGCCUCGGUGGCGGCGGCGGGGGACGGCUCCUCCAAGCUGGGUAGGCCCACUGAGUGGGGGAGCAAAAAGCAGUGGAGGAAGCCCGCAGCUUCCAUCGGGAACUCAUCCAAGAUGUCGGUGCUUUCCGAAGAUGCGGUCGGUGUGGAGCAGAAGUUCGCCGAAGAUGGAGGGCAGGAGGUGGUCUUCGCCGACGAAGAAGAACCAGAGCAGCCCGCAGAGCCAGAGCCCAAGAAGACGAGGAAGGUGGUGAGACGUGUGGUGAAGAGGCCCAAGAGUGCUCGAAACUCUUCAACUCCUACGAUCGUGCCCCCUGCCCAGGCCGAAACUACACAAGGCUCGAAGCUCAGCGCCAAGGACAUUACCGCCCUGAGAGUAGUAAAGUACUACAUCUCUGAAGUCACCACAAGCUCUUCAUCGCCGCUGGAAGAUGACAUAACCGCCUCCAUAGAGGAGGGCGUGGCCAAGACCCCUACCAUCGGGGUAAUCGUGGACACUAUAGCUAGAGACUUCGCCGACUCAGGCAAGGAAGCCUCGGUUUCGCUAGGCAUGGAAGACGGCGUGGUGGACCAAAGCUGUAUACUACCUAAAUUGCUCGCUAAGCUCACAGAGGGCUAA